AUGCCGCCAGUGAAGCGGACCAAGAAGUCCUCUUCACCCAAACGACGACAUCUGCAAUCCGAACCGGAGGCAAUCCAGAAGUCGAAGUCAAAGGAUGAAGAUAACAAAGUCCAAAAACGUGAAGAUGACACACCUCCUCCUCCUCCUCCUCCUUCUUCUUCCCCCCCGUCCCCCGCUGCAGCUGCACCCCCAAUCCCCAGCCGCGGAUACGGCCAAGGCUACAACGCCCUGAAAUCCUUCAAGGGCCGAUUGUACACCGGCAUGUCCAUCGGCGCCUCACACACCUGGACCUACCAACCCGGCACCUGGCACGAGACAAAGCAAGAGCCCGACCUCUGGAAGAUAGACUACACCGCGACCAAGCGGCGGGCGGGGAAACGGCCAGCUCCGCGCGGCAGCGGCGCCCCUGUCGGCACCGAGUAUCACUGGCUUAUCGUUGCGCACCAGUACGUCAAGAAGCUGGAUGCGAAUACGUACGAGACGCGUAUGGUGGGGAGUAAGUAUAAACUUGCGCAUAAGGGGGUGGGGGUGGGGGGGUGGUCGGUGGGGAGUGUGAGGGAGCAGCGGGAGAGGGAAGUGGAAUUGUUGGAGGAUGCGGGGAGGAGGGUUAGGGGGUUGCCGCCUGUUAGCAAAGGGGAGAGGGUUAGGGAGGAGAUGAGGGAGAGGGGGCAGCAGAGGGUUGAUGAGUUUUUUUGGGGCGGGAAGAAGGUGGGGUUAAAAAGGAUGCGGGAGGGGGGGGAAGGGGAUGGAGAUGGGGAUAGGGGUGGAGCGGAAGAGGUUGUGAUGGGUGAUGUAGAUGAGGAGGGGUGA